ACGACACCGCUCAGUGUGUAUCGCUUGCACCUCCCUACUCUACGAUCGACUCGAUGUCGACGUCCCUCGCCCGCUACGAGCGCGCGGAUUCGCUCGGCUCGGACAUUGUCAUCUCACCCGUGCCUGAGCUCUCGGACGAAGACGAGAAAGCGGCCGACACGGCGCUAGUCACGACAGCCUAUCGGUACAAGAAGGCGACGAUCAUCGUGGCAACGUGCGUUGUGGGACUCGUCGCUGGCGUAACGAUUGCGGCUUUUGCAUCGAGUGGCGGGAAGGAUGCUGGUGUCGGCGCGGGCUUUGCUGAUCAAGACCCGUGGACGCCAAUGACCACCGCUCCCAUCUUUGCAUAUGCCACCAACGAUGGCAAUCGUACAACACACAAUUAACGAGCUAGUAGUAUGAUCAAAGCGCUGCAUGGGCACCACGCAUAUGCAUCCCGCACGUGGCUCCUCGUU